GCCGUUUACAUAUAUCGUCGAACUUCCUACACCGCACAUCACUUGCUGCUAAUUUUCUUUCUUCCUCACGCACACGCGACGCACCAUCCGUCCUUCAUCGCCGUAUACGCUGCCACUCACUGCGAGGGACCUUUCCCAUCAUCAUGGCGUGGCAACCGCUGGAAAAGGGCGAGAACAACUACGACGUGAUUGUCGUGGGAGCGGGUAUCUCUGGCAUCAAUUUUGGUUAUCGCUUGCAAGAACGCAAUCCCCAUCUCAGUUAUUGCAUUCUCGAGGCUCGGCAUGAACUGGGUGGCACGUGGAGUCUGUUCAACUACCCUGGCAUUCGAUCCGACUCUGAUCUCUACACUUUCGGCUUCCCGUGGCGACCAUGGGAGGCUUCCCAGGCCAUUGCACAGGGUGCUCUGAUCAAGGAUUAUCUGAAAGAGUCGGCAGCAAUGUACGAUAUUGACAAGAAGAUCAAAUUCAAUCACUCCGUGGAUGCUGCAAAGUACUCGUCUCGUACAAAGACGUGGGAAUUGGAUGUCACAGCAAAUGGUUCGGAGAAGAAGACCUUCAAGGGCCGCUUCAUGUUGCUUUGCACGGGCUACUAUGACUAUCACGCGCCUCUCAAGGCCGAGAUCCCCGGUAUCGACAAUUUCAAAGGCCAAGUCAUUCACCCUCAAUUCUGGCCCAAGGACCUGGAUUACACCAAUAAAGAAGUCGUUGUCGUCGGCUCCGGGGCGACAGCCAUCACCGUCCUGCCCGUCAUGGCCAAGACUGCCAAGCACGUCACGAUGCUUCAGCGCUCCCCGACCUAUGUCCUGGCCGUACCCUCGGAAGACCGUACCGAGAAGUGGCUACGGAAAUGGUUCAAAUGGGCACCAUCGAUUCAGCACAGCCUCAUUCGCCUCAAGUGGAUCAUCAUGCCAUUGAUCAUGUCUACAUACUCGGCCAUGGCGCCCAAGGCGGCACGAAACAUGAUGCACAAGAUUACUGCCAAACAGCUUCCGUCCUCGAUUCCCCACGAUCCUCACUUCACGCCCAAGUAUUACCCCUGGGAGCAACGCCUAUGCAUGUGCCCCGACGCCGACUUCUUCAAGAGCUUGCGCGCAGGAACAUCGAGCGUCGCCACGGGAACCAUCAAGGAAAUCACCGACACCACCAUCAAACUCGAAUCCGGCCAAGAACUCCACCCAGACAUCAUCGUCACCGCCACCGGUCUCAAACUCUCCUUUGCCGGCGGCAUGAAAGUUUCCGUCGACGACCAACCUUUCCACAUCCCCGACAAAUUCGUCUGGAAAGGCAUCAUGAUCGAAGACCUUCCCAACACCGCUUUUGUCGUCGGCUACGUCGACGCCUCUUGGACCCUCGGAGCCGAUGCCACGGCACAAAUGACGACGCGCAUCUUGAAUAAAAUGCGCCAGGAAAAUGCUGUCGAGAUUAUUCCUCGUCGCUCGGCAUAUGAGAAGGAACAUAUGCGAGAGGCGAAUAUUUUACGCUUGAAUAGUACGUAUGUGACGAAGGGGAAGAAUGCGGUUCCGAAGGCGGGUGAUCAACCGCAGUGGUUGCCCAGGACGAAUUAUUUUCGGGAUAUUCUUAUGGCGUGGUUUGGGGAUAUUCGGACGGAUGUGGAGUGGGUCAAGGGGUCGUGAAGAUGAUGUUUUUUUUCCUACACACGAUAUCGUGUUUUGAGGGCGUUUAUGGAGUUUCUUUUUUUCUUUUUAAUAUUUAGUUACAAUAUUCAAGAUACCAGGCUUUUCAUAUAACGAAAAUGAUAGAUACCUAC